AUGUCAAAGGAACUCGAUUUAACAUUUUACACUGAUAGUCAAAAAAAUCUAAGUAUCUUAGAAAUUGUCUCUUCAUUUAUCCAUUUACCCACUUUGAGGUUUUAUGACUUCUAUGAACAAUUCAAUAAUUCAAUGCCUCUCGCUUAAACAAUUACAUCAAAAGGCUUAUUAGACUAUGAAAAAAAAUAAUAUUAAUAAGAAUACACAGAAGAAGAGGGAUAUCAUGGAAUCUCUUCAUUGCUCGAUGAGUCUCCUUCUAGGCUCAUUGUGGCUGUUUGGUGUGACUAUCCUAAUACAUAACUAUCGAUAUCAUUGUAAAAAAGUAAGAAUAGAAGAAAUGAUCCAGAAUUAUUAGAAUGGCUCUUGCCUUUAGUUAUUAUAGGAGGGAUAUUUUUUAUUUUGAUAAUUGUGCUCUCAAUAAGGUAUUUCAUAAGAAAAAAAAAGAAAUUUGGAAAUGACUAUGAAUAAGUACAAGAAGUACAGGCUUGUCAAGUUUGCGGUUUAUGUUAACAGGGUCUAAAAGAUAACAAUGAUACUGUUUUCAAAUCGAAAACUUGUAAAUACAAUCAUUUUUUCCACAAUAGAUGUCUAAAUUCAAUUCUAGAUAAAUAUCCGAAACAUGGAAACUGUCUAACAUGUGAAUAGCAAUUUCAAACUUAAUUAACUCAAUAAAAAAAAAGCACAAUCCUAUGA